AUCGAAGACGCUUGAGGGUAUAGUUUGGUAAAGUUGUUACUCCUGCGCCAUCGCACUUAAGCUUGUGUUCGUGCCCUGGAAUCUUUCAAUAAGACUUUUUCGGGAUAGAUUAAGUAACCAAUCUUGGAUAACACGUUAAUUCGGAGAAUUAUUAUAAAAGCCUCCAACCACUAUGCAGCAUAUCUCUCCCACCAUUCACCGUAACUCGAAAAGAGACCCGUCGUUCUCGCCGACCCCGACACUAGCCGUUUGUUACACUCAAAAGGUGCCAGCUCACCCACUUCCGUACCCGUCCUGCACCCGAUGCCCCCAUUCUACGAAGUAGCUGUUGCCCGUUUUGGACAAUCAUCCUCGAAAGCCAAAUGGGUAAUCGUUGUCGUAUUCACACCAUCUACCCAUUCAUUGGUCUAUCAAAUCGCUGGCUCAGCGGUUGACUACAGCCUCGAAGCACCACAAUCAGUCACACUCAAAGAUGGGGAGAAUGGUUAUUUGGGGAGAGCACCUAUAGGAUUAGUGGACUCCGAGAAUCUACAUCUGCUCCACACCACACUCGCAUCCAUUCCUGUUGUUCGGGGAGAUGCCUCCUGGAGCAGCCACAACUGGGUCAUGGAGGGUAUAGCUGCUCUUCGGAGAGUACAGGGAUAUCACAUCGACAAGCACGUGUCAAUGCAGUGGAUAUCAGAAAAGCUAGGAGGGAAGUAGCUCGGGUCAUGAGUGACCGAGGGAGAGCCCGUUUGCCGUCAUCAAGAUCUCUGAAUGAGGGUGGAGAGGGAUAACUAUAUCGGGGACAUUCAGGGCAAAACACAUAUAGAGGGUGGAAUGAUAAGUGUAUUUUGGGACACUGUAUCAUUGCAGCGGAUUGUACUCCUGUCACAAGUAUUCCAGUAGAGCUUAUCGUGUUCGUCAACGGAGCGUUGGUAUAGGCGUAUACCAUCGACCGUCGUGUUAUUUGGCUUCGUGCCUGCAAGCUAUGUAGGAUAUGCAAUGCGUUAUUGAUGACUGUACAUCGGAUCUUUGCAAGCGGUGCGAAUCAGAAGUGCGCUGGCAAACGCUGUCAAAUUGCCUGACAAAAAUAGUGACUUUGUAAGCACCGACAUUUGUGGCACCGAAGAAUAAAUAACGACACC